UUCAGGAGGAGAGGGAUAUUUUAAUGGAAAAAGGAAUUCAAGUGAAUACAUUUUUAGAUUCAACCUUAAAUUUACUGUGUUUGACUUAAUAAAAUCAGACAAUGAAUUGAAUAUUCUCACAGGUUUAAACAGUUUUAAAAUGCUUGAUACCAUCUUCUGCCUGUGUUAGUGAGUUGCAGUCCAACAAUACUGCCUGUAAGACUACUACAUUAUCUACUAAAGUCAAAAUUGUUCUUGUUAUGAUGAAGUUAAAACUAGCUUUGUCCUUUGCUUGUGUUUCAGUUUUAUUUCAAAUUUCCACAACAACAUGUAGAAGAAUAUUUUUCAAUAUUAUUGCUUAUUUGAGUCAAGUAUUAGGUGCUGCGAUUGUGUGGCCUUCCAAAGAAGAGAUAAUGAAAAACUUACCUUUGUGCUUUCAAAAAUACAGCAAAGUUUGUGUGAUUUUGGACUGCACUGAAGUUUUGGUUGAAAAACCAAAGUGUAUUAGUUGCAGAAUAUUAACUUACUCCCAUUACUAUGGUAAGCAUACUGUUAAAGUAUUAGUUGGAAUUGCCCCAUCUGGUCUUAUCACCUAUUUAAGUAAAGCAUAUGGAGGUAGGGCAUCUGACAAAGCGAUAUUUGAAGAAUCAAAUUUGUUAACUUUACUUGAUCCUUAUACAGAUGAAGUAAUGACGGAUAAGGGUUUUCACAUAGAAGAUGCUUGUUCUGCUAGAGCUAUUGGUUUAGUACGCCCACCAUUUGUAAGAAAGCAAAAUCAAUUAAGCAAGCAUGAUGCACUGGAAACUGCAGAAAUAGCAAAGGCCAGGGUACAUGUUGAACGAGCUAUUCAGAGAAUGAAACUAUUUGCUGUUUUAAAACAAAAAUUAGACUGGACUUUACUGCCACACAUUGACAAAAUUCUAACCAUUAUUUGUGGUGUGAACAUUUUCAUUUUGACUCUAUAUAAUGAAUGAAGCAGUAUUAAACAGCAAUUUAAUACUGUUUUUUCAUAAUCUCAUAGUUAAUAAGGCUUACUCAUUUUUGUUUUUCAAUUUUUGUAUGAUAAAGAACUCAAACACUAGUUAGGACAAAACAUUUUAU